GAACGAAUUUUACCGCAUGGAAGGCAUGAAAUACCAUUUUCAUUUACUUUACCAAAAACAUUACCAACAUCGUUUGAAGGAGAAUUUGGUUUUAUUCGAUAUACAUGUAAAGCAAUAUGUGAACGUCCUUGGGAUGUUGAUAUCGUAUCAAAACGAGCAUUUACUGUUAUCGGUAUUGAGGAUAUUAAUCAAGAUCCUGAGGCAAUGGAGCCAGUUUGUGAAACAGAAUGUAUUUCAACGGUGAAGCACUGCUGUCAAAAGCAAGGCUCUAUAGGGGUCAAAAUAUCACUUGAUCGGACAGGUUUUACACCUGGUGAAAAAAUUCAAGUGAAUACUUUGAUAACCAAUGAUAGCACCAAAAUGAUACGAUCCCUUAACAUUAAAAAUGAAACAAUACGUUGAUUACAGG